AAAUGAUGUCUAUACGGCUGGAAUUCUAUUUCUCAUAAUUGCGCAAUCGAUAGGAUUUUCUAUUUAUUCUUGGAGUUCUAUCAAGUAGAAGAAAUUCCUAUGGCACAUGCAAGGAUUAAGUGAGGGACAGACAGACGUCAUUCCGAGAAACCUCACAAAAUCACGAACUCGUUGAACGACGAACAUUCGUGAAGCCCACUAGCGGUGGAGAAAUGGCCAUCGUGGUAAGAAGCAAUUAUACUCCCCGGGAAAUGACCAAACUGCUAACCGUUUUGUACAGGACACUGCACUUGCGCCCUUUCGGGUUGCAACGUCAAAACCCGCCCAGAAAACAUACCUCAACACCUUUCUCUUCCUCAUAACCUCUACGGUCCUUCUGGGUGUGGCAAUCGUUGCAUAUGGCCUCUUUUACUUCAAUUUUGUGCCACAAAUUGGCAUCGAGAGGGUCAUACAUCUGCAGUAUGGGUAAGUUUACCUCUACUACACCUAAACAAUACUAAUACUACCUAGUGAUGGUCGCAAUCCCUAUGGCAUCGUCCCUCUCUCCACAUCCCUAAUAUCCCAGCAACCAUAUGACAUCACCCUCUCUCUCCACGUUCCUCGGUCUCCAGCAAACAUUCGCACAGGAAACUUCAUGCUUUCCCUCUCCCUCCUCUCAUCAAGUUACAAACCUCUCCCUCCAAUAACUACCACUGAUUCACCCCUCGCCCCAACCGUCAGUUCGUCUUUGACAGCCAUCACACCUGAAGAUAUCCUCUUCUCUUCCCGUCGCCCCGCAAUCCUCACAUAUACAUCCCGUCUCAUCUCUCUCAGCGAACGUCUCGCUGCUCUACCACUAUAUAUCCUCGGUCUGAGGCGCGAAUCAGAAUUCCUCACAAUCCCUAUGGCAGAACUCAUCUCCUUCCCACGCGGACGGAAGAACAUUCCGGGUCACGCACUGGUGGAAGUUCUUGCUGGGCAAGAAAUACAGGUCUACUCCUUGACAUUGAAAUUCACAGCUCGUUUUGAAGGAUUUCGGUAUCUAAUGUACAAUCACCGACUUCUGAGUCUUGUGAUUGGUGUUGCUACAUUCUGGAGCGCGGAAGUUCUAUCUAUGAUCUUCACCUGGUUCUUACUUCGCCUGAUAUUCUUAUCCUCAUCUGAAGGUGGAAAAGGAAGUAUCAAAGGCGAGGAAACAGAUACCUCUGUAGGAAUCAAGAACGGAGCGACAGAUGAAGAACCCGAGCUUUCUGAUACGCCAAGGACGUUUCCCACAUAUGGACGACAGGCGCCAUUGAAAUACGAACCUCGGAUUAAAAAGGAGGAUAAUGGGGGUUUAGUGUUGCAGGAGACGGACAUUUUGCCGCUUAGUAACGAAGCGGAUGAUGAGGAUGAUGAGGAUCUUGGUUUCAAGGAUUCGGGGUUGGGGACGAGUUAUAGUGAUGCCGGGGGACGUGGUGGUGUUACGAGGAGAAGGUCGAAGGGAAAGGGAGGUGCCGGCCAUUGAUUCUGGAUUUUAAUUUUUCGAGUGA